UAUGGCCAACGAAAUAUGGAUACCACUUAUUCGAAACAAAUAUCAAAGAACUUGCGUAUAUUCUGUUAAUAAAACUAAGGAACAAUUCGUAGAUGUCAUUUAUGGAUCUAUUAAAAAUUUUGGGGAUAAAGAGCAUUUGUAUCAGGACUAUCAGCAAUACGCAGAUGAAGUGAAAUAUAAAUUUGCGGUUUGUAGCGGAUCAACCUUGAUGAAAGACAAUUGCUGUGUGAAUAAAGUAGGAUGCUGCAAUAAUGGAGAAUUAACUGUGCAAAUUUCGGCCUGUAUACUUGUUGUAAUCGUUCUCUUAGUCAUAUGGCUAUGGAUCUGUCAAUUAUACAUAUUGAAAAGACAUUUGGACGACUUAAUGAAUAGUCAGAAGAAAACAUUCCUAAUAGGUCAUUUACCAGUUGGUCAACGUGACUUAAGCAAACCACCUCAAAGUGAAGAAAAUCUUUAUUGCCUACCCGACUUACCUAAAUCUAAGGCAUCAAAAACUAAUCCUCUCGAGAGUAGUUUACGACAAGCGAAAUCACCGACAGAUAAUUAA